AUGGCACAUGUAAUUUCCUUUCUCAAAAUAUUAUUUCUAAAAUCUAUCAUAUACGAAAAUUGUAUUACAGACGAUGCAGCUGAUUGUAGAUAUACAGAUUUUUCAAUUGUUGGAACAAGCAAUGCCACUUUAGAAAGGUGUGGUUCGGAAACUAAAAAUUUAUUUAUGGGACCUUAUGGAUUUCAAACUAGAGUGACCAAAACAUUUUCAAAUGUUCCUCCAAAUAAAUAAUUGGAGUUUUCAAUUGGCAUUUGGAAAUUAGACUCUUGGGAUAUUGAAGGAUUCGAGAUUUAUGCAAAUGAUGUAUUAAUAGAAAAUCUAUUAUUAAAUCUAAAUGAAGGUACAUUUAUAUGUAGAAAUGACAUUUGGUAAGAUUUAUUAAAGCCCCUCUCAUUAAAAUUUUAAAUAACAGGAACUGAUUUAACAAUAAAAUUAAAAGAUAAUUUAAACUCUAAUUCUUGGCCUGAAGAUCUAUGGGAUGGUAUUAAUUUCAUGAAUUUUAGAAUCUUGGGGAUUUAGAGACUAUAUUUUAAGACUUUCAGUUCCUUGCGUUAACUUUUUUAGUGAAUGUAAUUAUACUGGAACAUUAUUUUAAAUAUGUUAAGGAGAAUAGUCAAAAUUGCAAAAUUAUAUUCCAUUUGAAAUCAAAUCCAUACUUAUGGGACCUGGCAUCAUUGUCAAAUUAAAAGGUCCAAAUUAUUUUGCAGGAGUAUUAUAAGAGUUCACUACUUCCUAGUCUUGUUUGAAUAGUUACAAGGUAUUCAAAUUAUCAACAAUUUAUAGUUUCCAAAGGUUGUUUAUUCGGAAUGA